AUUCUGGACGCGGUGUUGGCGCGAGCGCGGAGACUUGGGGCCGCUGGGGCUCGCAGUUGGCGCCAUGUUCCUCACCGCCCUCCUCUGCCGCAAUCGCAUUCCGGGCCGCCAGUGGAUCGGGAAGCACCGGCGGCCGCGCGCCGUGUCUUUCAUCGCCAAACAGAACAUGAUCCGGCGCCUGGAGAUCGAGGCGGAGAAUCACUACUGGCUGAGCAUGCCGUACCUCACCGCCGAGCAGGAGCACGGCCACGCCGCGGCCCGCAGAGCAGCGGCCUUCCAGGCCAUCAAAGCGGCCAGCACCUCCAAGUUUCCCCCACACAGAUUCGUGGGAGACCAGCUCAGUCAUCUCAAUGUCACCAAGAAGUGGUCCUAAUCCGGAGCCCCCGCGCUUCAGUCGCAGGACUGCCGUCUCUACCUGAUCCUGAAACGGAAAAUCUAAUGUAGAAAACAGCCUUUGGACCAGAGUCUUACUGAACAGCAAACAUGAGCGGAGUGUCUGCAUAUAGAGACUCUUGGGCUCCAGGCUCUAACAUUUCAAAUUCUAAACUGUUUUGUUCUGUUUUCUUCCCCCUCUCCUCCUAGAAAGAUAACAGGAAUUUCCUGGGUCACAGAUGAUUAAUAUUUUGGCUGGAAGAGGCAAUAAAGCUACAUACUGCUUUGGUAUCUGUGCUUGAAUGUGAGAAAACUUGGGCGUCUUUACGAGCUAUAUUACUUUGCUUACCGUCUAAGCAAAUGAGAAACAGCUUUUUUAGUUAAGCAUACUCCUAAAAAUAGAAUUUUCAUUUGUAAUUUGCUGUUACCAGUAGGUGUUUAAAUGAAGAGUUUUAAGUCCAUUCAGAAUUGCUAUGCGAAGAUGUAUUUUUUAAAACUUAUUUAUUGGAUAUCAUUCACAUGUACAACACACCGGUUGAAGAUGUUUUUCAUGCAAACCUUUUUUUCUGAAUAUAAGUCAAGCACUUUACAUGUUAACUAAAUACAAUAAUCCUAUCAGAAACUUUUUUUUAAAGAUUUAUUUUUUAUUUAUACAAUAGCUGGGGUACAAGCCAGAGGUGAGAGGAUUCACCAGAGACAGUGGGGAGCAGAACAGGCAGAUGGACCGAAGGCACUGCUGAGGGGAGCAGAGGGAAAGAGACAGGAGAGGUCUACUGCACCAUGUGGAUAUCUCCCUGGCCUAUGGGAAAUCAAACCCGUACUGCAAACUGUUUGAGGCUGCAAACAGCUUCACAGCCAUGUGCCAACAGGAAGGCGCGACAGCAAUUGCAUGUUUAUCAGAAAAUAUUCACAAUAUAUACAAGAAAAAUUAAAUAUCGUUACCCAGUGAUAAUACAGUCCUUGCAUUUUUUUUCUAUCAGCUUUUUGCAUGCACAUACUUGCUGAAAUUACAUGAAUGAAUAGAAUUUAGAACCAACAGCUAAUUAAAGAUCCUGGUGCAUAUUUGCCAAAUGACUUUCCAGAAAGAUAUUAAAACAGCAAGAUUAAUGAAUGAGUGUGCCAGUCUUAUUUGCCAGCAUUGAGUCUUACUAAAAAUACCACAUUAUUUAUAGGAUUCGUGUUAUAAUAUCUACUACUAGUAGUUAGUCUGUGGUGCAGUGAUUUUUUUUUUUUUUUUUGCAUUUAACAGAAUGCCUGACACAUGAUAGUGAAUAUUUAACCAAACAACUAUCUUAAUAUGUCUUGGUUUUUGUUGGUAUAGAAAUACUGGAAUGCCUUUUUUUUU